AUGGAGGUCCUGCUGCAAAUCCUACCUCACGCCUCAAAGCGGCGCAGCGGUGGCCCUGGCCGUCGGGCAGCUAUGGUGGCGAGACUUCGGCUCGGCAGGUUCAAUCAUGCCACAAAGCAGGCCGACGACGAAAGCCUUGGAAAGAGUGUUGCACGCUAUGGAGAUGCGGAUGUUGAGGUGGACGAUAGGUGUAACGCUAAAAGAGAAAGUAUCCAACGACACUAUAAAUGCACGGAUUACUUAGUUUACAGAGUUCGUACAUGUCUGCACCAAUUGAACAAAAAAGUUCAUGUUCCUGUCGUACAAAAGAGCGCUGGAAAGUACCGAAUAUCGUGCUGUACUCACCGUCCAGAAAUGUCUCUUACUAAACUUGCCAUUCCUGCAAUCUUCUGUCUUCUGUCGCUUCUAUCUACGAAUGAAGCGAAUCAAGGGGCUGAAGAACUUCAAGACUUGCCCGAUUGCGAUGACGAUGAUGGCGCUAUUAGAUUUUACAUUCGUUCGCCUUUGUUCGCCGCAGUAGAUGUAGGAAAGCGCCAAUACCCCAGCAUGAAGUAUGACUGCGGUCUGGAAGUGCUUGCUUAUCUAGUUCUGGAAUAUGGCGAAGAAGUGCCGUCUAACACGUCCAUGACUAGAUAUGAGGGGAGAGCGGCAGAACGCCUUGUUCAACGAGUUCUGAGGAGUUCGUCGGGUUCGAGCUGGAAGAAGCCAUCUGGCCAAAAGCGGAAGUUCUGGACUGAGGUGGUGAAAAUGAACCUCGGCGUGGAUAGGCAGUUCAGGCGAGGCGUAAUGUUUCUCAGAAUAUGGAAUAGGGACGAAUGGAUUGAUUCUGUGCAAACUCUCGCAGAAGAUCGAGAAGGUUGGGCAGAGCUGUGUUCAAGGACGGCACACCUCGGCGAAGAUGCGGGUAAUCGCGUCGGGCGAUGA